CACAUAUCAAGACACUUUACUCUUGUGAGCCCAAAGAAACCCUAGGUCCUCCCUCUCUCUCUCCUCUCUCUCUCAUGUGGUAAAAAAAACCAAAAAAAAAAAAUCAAAUUUCAAAAAAUCGAAAAUUGUUAGAAAAAUCGACAAAUCAAUUAGGGUUUCAAAUCGGACUUUCUCAUAUUCUCAGAUUCAAACCCUAAGUCGAUGCUCCAUGCGUUGGAUCUUCGCGAUUCGUUUGGUACGUCCACAUUUGAUGUUCUCUGACGCAGAUCUGGAAAUUUGGGUAUGAAUACGUAUGAUGGGAUUUAAAAAUUGGGGAAUUCUGGUUGGGGUGUUUGGAUUGAGGGAUUGUUGAUGGAAAAUAGCGUAGGAAAGUCUGGUGGUACGGAGAUUUCAAAGAAAGCUAGAUCUUUGGACGUUCAGAGUCUGUAUAGAGCCAGGGUUCCGCAGGUGGGGCAUAGUAAGAAGAAUAGUGGUGUGGAGGGUAAUGGUGAUGUUAGGAAGAAGGAGAAGAAGAGCAGGAAAGAAGUUUCUCUGAGUAGUUUUGAGUCGGUGAGAAAGAAGAGUAGGAAGAGUUUGGUUGGUGAUUAUGUCGAUGGGGUGAGUUCUGGCUCAGGAAAUUCAGACGAGUCACAGUCGGGUUCGAGUCAGAAAUUGAAUAGAAGUAGUGAAUUGAACAAUGUUUCUCUUAAUUUGGAUGGAAAUGGUAAUUUCAUUCGCAUCCCAAAACGUCGUCGUGGUUUUGUGCGCAGAAAGAAAUUUGAAACCAGUCAAGUUUUGAAGCAAUCAGGAUUGUCAAGAAGUAAAACUGGUGGUUCUGUUGAUCAGAUCACCAAAUUAAAUGGCAAGCACAAGAAAUUUGAGGGCAAUCAAAUUUCUAAGACGCCAAGGCCCUCUGGUAGCAAAGCCAAUUCAGUUUUUCAGGUAGUUAAGUUAAAUGGUGAUUCUGCUGUUAAUGCUGGUACUCCCAAGGUUAAGCGGAAGACCACAUUUAAUGAUUCCAAUGGAAAUAGGAACAGUAGGGGAAAUAUAUCUCGGCACGUGAAGGAGAAAGAUGGUCAUUUGGUUGUAAAUAGUGGUGAUUCAUCUUCUAGAAAGCGGCGGAGCAAUCAUAGGAAAAGGAAGGAUUUAGCAUCGGGCAGUGAAAAUAUUGUUGAGAAAAUUGAGCCUUCAGUUGAUAAUUUGAUCAAGAUUUCUGAUGAUUUCCACGACGAGGAUGAGGAGAACCUUGAGCAGAAUGCAGCAAGGAUGCUCUCAUCUCGAUUUGAUCCUAGCUGCACUGGAUUUUCUUCGAAAAGCAGAUCAUCUGCAUCACCAUCUGCAAGUGGGUUGUCUUUUCUGCUUCCUUUUAGUCAUGAUUUUGAUAAUCAAGGGGCAGACUCCUUAGCUGGCUUGGAGUCGGCAUUGGCUGAUAGUGCUAGCAGAGUUUUACGACCGAGAAAACAGAGCAAAGAGAAGGGCCACUCAAGGAAACGACGUCAUUUCUAUGAAAUUCUUUCCAGGGACCUGGAUGCAUACUGGGUUUUGAACCGGAGGAUCAAAGUUUUCUGGCCGUUGGAUGAGAGUUGGUAUUAUGGCCUUGUAAAUGAUUAUGACCCCGAAAGAGAGCUUCAUCAUAUUAAGUAUGAUGAUCGAGAUGAAGAAUGGAUUAACCUUCAUAAUGAGAGAUUCAAACUUUUGCUUCUCCCUAGUGAAGUUCCUGGUAAGGAAGAGCCAAAGAGAUCUGAUUUGGGGAAUGUACAUGCAGACAGUAGAGAAAGGGACUUGAAUAUGGACUGUGAUAACUAUACAGGCAGCUACAUGGACUCGGAGCCCAUCAUCUCAUGGUUGGCUCGUUCUUCUCAUCGGGUCAAAUCUUCUCCUUUUGGAGUUUUGAAAAAACAGAAAACAUCCCAUCUCUCUCCAAAUUUUGUGCCACCAUUGACUGACAGAGUUGAUGAUGCUCAUGGGGGUUUGGAUGUCGGUUCCUCAGAAAAUGAUAAAAACAAACCAUCUUGUCUUCCCGCGUUGCCUGACAGAACAACUGAUAUUUGUAGGGAUGAGAAGUCCUCGUUGAAAUGCACUACAAGCUCCACAAAUAACAAACAACCUGUUGUUUAUUUCAGGAAGCGGUUCCGCAGGAGAGAUGAAGGAUUGGGUCACUUGCCUGAGGACAACAACGCGUGUGGAAGUGCACCUGAAACUUCUCUUGCUCCUGUUAUUGAAAACUACUUGGACUCAGUUCAAAGUUCAGGGUUGUUAAAACUAACUCUUCCAUUUAUAGAAUCAAAAGAAUUCAGGUUUGACUUGCACUUCUCAGCACUUGCUGUCCUGAAGUACACGUUUGGAGCAGAGAACUUUUGGUUGUAUCGCACUGUAUUGCUACUUCAGUAUGGUACUAUUAUGACUACAUGGCCUGUAGUUCAUUUGGAGAUGCUCUUUAUUGAUAACAUUGUCGGGUUGAGGUUUCUCUUGUUUGAAGGUUGCUUGAAGCAGGCUGUGGCCUUAGUUUUUCUAAUCCUGACAGUAUUUCAUCAACCUAAUGAACAGGAGAAGUAUGCUGGCCUGCAAUUGCCAGCAACUUCAAUCAGGUUCAAACUUUCUUGCAGUCGAGAUCUUAGAAAGCAGCAUGUAUUUGCAUUCUACAGCUUCUCCAAAGUGAAAAAUUGGAAGUGGUUGUACCUGGAUCACAAGCUUCAGCGACAUUGUAUGCUCACAAGACAAUUACCUCUUUCUGAAUGCACAUAUGAUAACAUUAAGGCACUGGAAGGUGGAUGUAAUCGGUUAAACAUUAGUUCUGUUGGUGGGGAGUAUUCCUUAUGUGAGGGUUCACGAAGAAAGACUACAAGAGGUAUCUUGCCCAUUGGGGUUUCUAGCAAUGCAAAUAUGAGCCAAUCGUCUUCUAGUGUUGGUGUCAAGCAUGGGAAACUUCUUCCAUUUGCUCUUUCUUUUACUGCUGCACCUACUUUCUUUCUCAGCCUUCAUCUCAAGCUGCUUAUGGAAAAUAGUGUGGCUUGCAUCAGUCUUCAUGACCAUGAUUCAAUGUAUUCACUUGAGCAUUUCAAACACACUGGCAGACAAAUUUUGGAUGACUGCACUCUAGCUGAAGAUUGUUCUGAGAAUGCUUCAGAAAUCACUCCUGGGAGUAAUCUGGAAAUUUCUUUGAGGCAAGCUGCUUCUUUUGCCAAACCACGGUUGGGGACUGAUGCUAUCUCUGUUUGCAAUGAUGGUGGUUGGGUACAAUCAUCUCAGAAUUUCCAAGAUGGCAGACUAAAUGUUGCUGGAACUUCUGUCUGCUCCAAAUUUCCUGGAGAAAAUGCAGUUGACGUGGUUGUUGAAUUGCCGAAGUGCGGAUGCAAUGAUCUAGAGUCAGAAAAAGAUCACGCCCCUCUAGGCCAGUCUGAUUCCAGGUGUUUUUCUUGUUUGAAUGGUCUGCGUGUUGAAAUUCCAUCAUUUGAUCAAGUUGAAAGGCCUGCUGAUGGGAGAACGAAUAGUGCUCAAUUGUCUUCUGGUAUGGGGUGUAAUUUGAGUAAUGGCGUUAUUUGCAGCCCCAACCCCACUGGUCCUAGAACUAUGUGGCAUCGCAACAGAAAUAGUGCUAGUUCUUCAUCAUGUGGAGAUCUCUCACAUGUAUGGCUUGAUGGUAAGGCCAACUUCAUUCGUAAUGGCUUUGGCAAUGGGCCUAAGAAACCACGAACUCAGGUCCAAUAUGCAUUGCCUUUUGGAGGUUUUGAUUUUAGCGCAAAGAAUAAAACUCAUAAUCAGAAAGGGGUUCCUUACAGGCGAAUCAGGAGAGCCAAUGAGCAUAGGUCAUUGGAUGGCUCUAGAAGUUCUCAAAGAAACCUGGAGUUGUUAACUUGUGAUGCAAACGUGUUGAUCACACAUGGUGAUAGAGGGUGGAGAGAAUGUGGGGCACGGGUUGUAUUAGAACUUGCAGAACACAAUGAGUGGAAGCUUGCUGUAGAACUAUCUGGGACUACAAAAUAUUCAUACAAAGCCACUCAGUUUUUGCAGCCUGGAUCGUCAACGAACCGCUACACCCAUGCUAUGAUGUGGAGAGGAGGCAAGGAUUGGGUGUUGGAAUUUCCUGACAGGGGCCAGUGGAUGAUUUUCAAGGAGAUGCAUGAAGAGUGCUACAACCGGAACAUUCGCGCUGCUUCAGUUAAAAAUAUACCUAUUCCUGGAGUUCGCCUUAUAGAGGAAAGUGAUGAUAAUGGAACAGAAGUACCAUUUGUUCGCUCUUCCACCAUGUACUUCCAGCAGGUUGAGACCGAUGCUGAGAUGGCUAUGGAUCCAUUGCGAAUUCUAUAUGACAUGGAUAGCGAGGAUGAACAGUGGAUUUUGGACAAAAAAUCUUCAGAUGCUGAUGAGAGUAACUUCGAAGAGAUUUCCGAAGACUUGUUUGAGAAGAUGAUGGACAUGUUUGAGAAAGUUGCUCAUGCUAAGCAAUGUGAUCAUUUUACAUCCGAUGAAUUAAAAGAGCUCAUGGUUGGUGUUGGGCCCAUGGAAGUAAUCAAAGUCAUCCAUGAGCAUUGGCAGCAGAAAAGGCGGAGGAAAGGGAUGCCAUUGAUCCGGCAACUCCAGCCUCCACUGUGGGAAAUGUAUCUGCAGCAAGUGAAAGAGUGGGAGCAAGCGAUGACCAAAGCCAACACUGGCCUCUCCAGUGGAUGCCAGGAGAAGACUCCACCCAUUGAGAAACCACCCAUGUUUGCUUUCUGUUUGAAACCACGGGGUUUGGAGGUUCCUAACAGGGGCUCAAAACAAAGGUCGCAGAGGAAAUUUCCAGUUUCCGGACACGGCUAUUCUGUUCUGGGAGAUCAGGAUGGUCUUCAUGCGUUUGGGAGAAGAUUAAAUGGCUUUGCUUUAGGAGAUGAUAAGGUUUUAUUUUCAGGCAAUAAUCACGAAUAUUCAGAUGCCUCCCCGUUGCCUCAGACAUCAAUGAGGACAUUCUCACCACGACAUACUGGUGUCCCUGGAUAUUUCGCAUUGAAAACUGAUGGUUCUGAGUGGAAUCAUCACCCAAAACUUCACAGGAACAAGUCGAGAAAGAUAGAGACAUUUCUAUCCCCAAAUAGUCCACGGAUGGUGGCUUCAUACAAUCAGAGAGCGAUAGGCAAGAGAAAUGGGGCUCAUCGUUGGAAUAUGGGCUUACCUGAGUGGCCAAGUCAAAGCCAGAAGCAUUACCAAUCAGAAGGAUAUCAGAGGCAUGGCAUUGAACAGUUGGAUGAUUCGGAUCUUGAUGAGUUUAGGUUGCGUGAUGCCUCUGGUGCUGCUCAGCACGCACUUAACAUGGCUAAGCUCAAGAGGGAAAAAGCUCAGAGAUUGCUUUACAGAGCAGAUCUAGCAAUCCACAAGGCAGUGGUUGCUCUCAUGACUGCCGAGGCGAUCAAAGCUUCUUUUGAGGACUCGAACAUUGAUGGGUAGGAUGAUCUUAGGAAUUAUGAGAUGAAAGUGAAUGAAAUCCGCCAGCCCCUUCAGCUGGCAGUUGCGGCCCAAGAAUUCAUAUUGCUUUUUGAGUUGACGUUUUAUGCUGGAUCUGGUCUUUCUUUUGUCAAUGGUGAUAGCCUUGCAUCAUUUGCAAUAGAUUACAUGAAGACUGCUAACUGAUGGUUUGUACAAAGUCGGAGCAGAAUCGUUACUUAUGUCCGUUCAUGAUGCUGAAUUCUUGAAGACACUGUGCUGUCACUAUCGAUGCAAUUUUGGUAUAUAUCUUCCCAGCUCUACCCACUUGUUCUUUUUCCGAGCAGCAGGUUUUGUCAGUGCAAUGCGACGUGUGUAGUGCUUGCGCUGGUAAGGGGUGUGGAAUUCUUUGUGAGGAUUAUUGUACAGAUAUAUUUUACCCCUUUCUAUCGUUGUUCCGUUUUUACGCCCCAACUCCAGUUAUGCUUGAUAUCGAAGGACCAAUUGGCUCAAAUAAUACAAAUACGCCCCUCAGAAUCAAAUUACUUAUUUUUGCGUGAUUGGACUUUGAUACAGUUACUCGUGUACCCAUCAGAACGCCCUAUUCCUGGUAAAGAGAAAAAGGGAAUGAAAAAAGAAUUUCUGUAAGUAAUUAUCUGGUAAAAGUUAAUGCAUAAAUGACGCGAGUUUACAUCUUGUCA